UCGCAUUUAAGAUUUGAAUGUGAACGGUUGCGAAAUAAAGGAUUUACUUGAGCUAAAUAACAACUAUUCCACUCAUAAAGGAUACUUGACCAGCAUCAUGGUGCUUAUCGAACUAGGGCUGGUGUCCUUGCUACUCGGCUAUAUAUUCUACAGAUGGGCCACACUCAAAUACAAUACAUUUAAGGAGCGUGGAGUCCCAUACGAAAAGCCAUAUCCACUAGUGGGCAACUCGGGGGCUGUAGUUUUGAACAUGGAAAGCUUCAACAAGACUUUGCUGAAAUUUUAUAAACGAAAUAGAGAUCAUGAUAUCGUGGGUUUUUAUAAUUUCCGGUCGCCUAUGUUCGUGGUACAGAAUCCAGAGUAUAUUAAAAAAAUUACUGUUAAGGAUUUUGACUUCUUCGUAAACCACACUCCGCUUUUUAGUGUUGAUGAUGACCCUCUCAUAAAUGGCAUGUUGACUGUAAUGAAAGAUCAACGUUGGAAAAAUAUGCGCAACACUCUGUCUCCAAUUUUCACCGCCGCCAAGAUGCGCGCCAUGUUUAGUUUGAUGAAUGAGUGUUUCAAUGAGAGCUUGGACCGGCUACACGAGAAAACUAAAGGUGGCAAAAGUCAUGAUAUUGAGCUCAAAGGAUGGUUCACACGUCUGUCCAAUGAUAUCAUCGCUUCAACUGCAUUUGGACUCAAAGUUAAUUCGUAUGUGGAUCCGAAUAACGAGUUUUACUCAAUUGGCCAAUCGAUCUCUAAUUUCCGCGGCACGCAAAUGAUCAAGUUUUUCAUCUCUACUACUAUGCCAAUAAUUCAAAAGCUUUUAGGAUAUAAUAUAUUUGACAAGGACAAAACCGAUUACUUCAAACGACUCGUUAUAGAUACAAUGAAAUAUCGCCAAGAACAUAAAAUUCACAGGCCGGAUAUGAUCCAACUAAUGAUCGAAGCUAAACAGGAGUCUGAACAAAACUGGUCCGACGAUGACAUUGUAGCUCAGUGCUUCAUUUUCUUUUUCGCUGCAUUCGAAAACAAUGCGAACUUCACGUCGGUGAUGUGCCAUGAACUGAUGGAAAAUCCUGAUGUGCAGCAGCGUUUGUACGAAGAGGCGAUGGAAGUACGUGCGGAACUCAAUGGAAACCCAUUAACCUAUGAGGCUGUGAUGAAAAUGAAAUAUAUGGAUAUGGUCACAUCGGAAGCAUUGCGCAAAUGGAGUCUUGCCGGAAUGAUAGAUCGUUUAUGUUCGAAGGAUUAUGACCUCACGGACAACGAAGGAAAUUUGGUAUUUAAAUUUAAGGCCGGCGAUUAUAUCUGGUUUCCCAUUGUUGGAAUGCAUAAUGACGAAAGAUACUUUGAAGACCCGGACUUAUUUAAUCCUGAACGUUUCAGUGAUGUAAACAAAGAUAGUAUAAAACCGUUUACAUAUUUGCCUUUCGGUGUGGGGCCUCGUAUGUGCAUAGGUAAUCGAUACGCACUCAUGCAAGCCAAGGCCAUGCUGUACUACAUGAUUUUGGACUUCAAGUUCGAGCGUUCCUCAAAUACGGUUGAAAACAUAAUGGAUGACAUACGCGGGUUCCAAGGAAACCCUAUUGGAGGAUUCUGGGUGCGUUUAGUGCCACGGAAAUAGUUUUGAAAAAGUGUUUUUUAUACAAUAUAUGUAAAUACAUCUGUUAUAUCUGUUAUUAACAUCCAGUCAAUAUAAAGCACGUCUAAAAAUAUUCACAAUACUCGGCUAUAAAUGCCAUAAGUACUUAUAUUUUUUGGUUUCCUAUUUGUUUCU